GCCGCACACUUCCAUUCAGCGCACUCAGACUAGCCUGCUAUCCCGAGGCGUUAGGGAGCUCGCGCAGCGACUAUGUCCAAAGAGAUGGAAGGAAAGAGCGAGAAGAUUCUGAACAUGGACAGCAAGGUGCUGUGGUACCCGGACUCCAAGAGGAACACGCGGAUGGACACUUUCAGGACGCAGAUCAACGCGGACUACGGGCUUAAUCUGGCCAACUACAAUCAGCUGUAUCAGUGGUCGGUGGACAGCUAUCCAGAUUUCUGGGGAGAAGUUUGGCGUUUCUGUGGAAUCAUCAGCUCUAAAACAUACGAGGAAGUGGUGGAUGCAACUAAGAAGAUCUCCGAUGUUCCAGAGUGGUUUAAAGGAGCUCGACUUAACUACGCAGAGAACCUGCUUAAACACCCCGACCAGGACAAAGUGGCUCUCUAUGCUGCACGGGAAGGUGGAGAGGAGAUUGUGAAGGUAACCUUUGGAGAACUGAGGCGAGACGUGGCUUUGUUUGCCGCCGCCAUGAGAAAGAUGGGAGUCCAGACCGGAGACAGGGUUGUAGGCUACCUGCCUAACGGGAUCCACGCCGUGGAGGCCAUGCUGGCAGCAGCCAGCAUCGGGGCCAUUUGGAGCUCCACGUCUGUCGACUUUGGAGUCAAUGGAGUUCUCGACAGAUUUUCUCAAAUCCAGCCCAAACUGAUCUUUUCUGUUGCUGCUGUGGUUUACAACGGCAAAACUCACGACCACAUGGAAAAGCUUGUAAACGUUGUGAAAGGUCUUCCAGACUUGAAGAAAGUAGUUGUAAUUCCCUAUGUUCGCUCCAAACAGGAGACUGACCUCUCCAAGAUCCCAAACAGUGAAUUCAUUGAUGAUUUCCUGGCGUCUGGGCGUGGCGAGGGCGACCCGUUUCCUCAGCUGGAGUUUGAGCAGCUUCCGUUCAGCCAUCCGCUGUUCAUCAUGUACUCAUCUGGAACCACUGGAGCUCCUAAAUGCAUGGUCCACUCAGCUGGGGGCACCCUCAUCCAGCACUUGAAGGAGCACAUUCUCCAUGGCAACAUGACUGCUAGCGAUGUCAUCAUUUACUACACUACGACUGGCUGGAUGAUGUGGAACUGGCUUGUGUCCGCUCUGGCGGUGGGCGCCUCCGUGGUUUUGUACGACGGUUCUCCGCUGAUGCCCACUCCUAAUGUUCUGUGGGACCUGACAGACAAGCUGGGAAUCACUAUUUUCGGUACCGGGGCCAAGUGGCUGUCUGUGCUGCAGGAGAAAAACUUCAGACCCUCGGAAACUCACAACCUUCAGACUCUACACACCAUCCUGUCCACUGGAUCUCCUCUCAAACCUCAGAGCUACGACUUCGUCUAUCGCUGCAUCAAGAACAACGUACUGCUGGGUUCCAUCUCGGGUGGCACCGACAUCGUGUCAUGUUUCAUGGGUCAGAACCCAACGGUUCCAGUGUACCGAGGGGAGAUCCAAACCAGAAAUCUCGGCAUGGCUGUAGAAGCAUGGAGUCCUGAUGGUAAGCCGGUGUGGGGGGAGAGCGGGGAGCUCGUCUGCUUGAAGCCAAUCCCCUGCCAGCCGACACACUUCUGGAAUGAUGAGAAUGGAAGCAAAUAUCAUAAAGCUUACUUUUCUUCAUUUCCAGGCGUGUGGGCGCAUGGAGACUACUGUAAAGUCAACCCAAAGACGGGGGGCAUUGUCAUGCAGGGCAGAAGUGAUGGAACACUAAACCCCAACGGAGUCCGCUUUGGAAGCUCUGAGAUCUACAACAUUGUGGAGGCCUUUGAGGAGGUGUCAGACAGCCUGUGUGUCCCUCAGUACAACUCUGACGGAGAGGAGCGAGUCAUUUUGUUCCUAAAGAUGGCACCCGGAAAGUCCUUUUCUCCGGAGCUGGUGACGAAGAUUAAAGGAGCCAUUAGGAAAGCGCUGUCUGCGCGUCACAUCCCCGGCCUGCUGCUGGAGACCAAAGACAUUCCUUACACCAUCAGUGGGAAGAAGGUGGAGGUGGCCGUCAAACAGAUCAUCGCUGGUCGUGAGGUGGCACAGAGAGGAGCCUUCUCCAACCCAGACUCCCUGGAUUUUUACAAGGACAUUCCUGAGCUGAGAGACUUUUAGGCUUUGCGGGAAACAUCUCCAGGGUGGACAGACGGGAGCAAAGUGCAGUUACUGCCGUAUUCUGAGCUUUAUACAGACUCGUUCAUUAAUAUAUUAACAGUUAUAUAUUUGCAAGUGUUUCUGUAGGGAGAGGACUUUGGAGAAAUGAAAUUCAGAUGCUGCUGCCAGCGAGUUGAUGUUGAGAUGAAUGAGGCUUUCAGUGUCAACGUGCACGGCUGUACCGCUGUUCAUGCAGUGCAAGAGGAAAAAUGUGUGUUUUAUGUGCUUAAACAGUUUAGGUUUGCUUCAAUGUAGAACUUGCACCAAAACUUGAGAGCUUAUCUACUGAGGUAAUUUAUUGAUCUUUUAUUGUAUGAGUCGGUCAAACUACCUGCAUUUAAAGACUUUUCUUCCCAUGUUUUUAGGCAAAAAUGUUGCUUAAUGCUGAUUCAAAGGCUCAUUUCGGUUGAAGAUUUCAUCUGAGACACUAAAUUGAUGUGCAUCAUACAGCUGCUGUAUAACUUCAUGUCAAAAACGACGUCCAUGUCCCAGAACUGUUUGGAAAAGUCAUUUAUUGAUACACACUGUUUCUACUUUUACAUACAAAAAAAACUGUAUUUAUUGAAAAUUUCUGUAUCAGUCAUAAAACCCAAAGGAUAAUAGUUUUAAACAGAUUAGUUGCAGCAUUUUGUGUGCUUGAACUAAACUUGUACUUAGUUUGAAAAGCGACGAUAGCGACUAAACUGUGUUUUUCUAAAACCAGACGGGCAUCCAGUGUUUCUGUUCCAAUUCAGGAAGCAUUUUAUUUGACUUGCAGGGAACAUUUUCGUACUUUUUUGUGUUUACCGAUUGUUAAAAAAAGUUCAUCUUUAAUGUUGUACUGGCUUCUCAUAAUAUUAAUAUUAUUUUUUUUAUCAGGGCAAUGUGUUGUUGGGAACAUAAAGCAUCAGGUCAAAAAUCAAUAAAAAUAAUAUUUGUAACAAACGGA